AUGAAUGAUGUGAAUGAAUUACCCAAAGAAAUGCGUACAGAAACCGAUACAUUCGGUCCAAUCCAAGUACCAUCGGCAUGCUAUUAUGGAGCACAAACAGCCCGUUCAAUGAUUUAUUUUAAUAUUGGAUUACCGACUGAUUGUAUGCCACUUCCAUUAGUAGAAGCAUUUGGCCUAUUAAAAAAAGCAUGCGCAAUAGUAAAUCAAAAAUUUGGUCUUGCAAAUAAACUUUCCGAUGCUAUAUCACAAGUAUGUGAUGAGAUUAUUGAUGGUAAAUUAAAUGACCAUUUUCCAUUGAGUAUUUGGCAAACAGGUUCAGGUACACAAACAAAUAUGAAUGUUAAUGAAGUUAUUUCAAAUAGAGCAAUACAAAUACUUGGUGGUAUCAUGGGAAGUAAAACACCUGUUCAUCCCAAUGAUCAUGUGAAUAAAAGUCAAAGUUCUAAUGACACAUUUCCUACUGCUAUGCAUAUUGCUACUGUAUUAGAAUUAAAUCGUCGAUUAUAUCCAGCAUUAAAUAGUCUUCAUAGUGCAUUAAAAAAGAAAUCCGACGAGUUUUCGUUGAUUUAUAAAAUUGGUCGAACUCAUUUACAAGAUGCUGUGCCCAUGACACUUGGACAAGAAUUUUCUGCAUAUGCACAUCAAAUAGCAAUGAAUAUUGAACGUUUAAAAACCAGUCAAAUACGUCUGUCUGAAUUAGCUAUUGGUGGAACAGCUGUUGGUACUGGAAUUAAUGCGCCGAAAGAUUUUGGCAAAUUUGUUGCUCAAAUUUUAACUGAACUUACUCAAGUAUCAUUUCUCGAUGCACCCAAUAAAUUUGAAGCAUUAGCUACACAUGAUACAAUGGUUGAACUAAGUGGUGCACUUAAUACUCUAGCGGUUAGUCUGAUGAAAAUUGCUAAUGAUAUACGUCUGUUGGGUUCAGGACCUCGUUGUGGUUUAGGUGAAUUAAUAUUACCGGAAAAUGAACCAGGCAGUUCAAUUAUGCCUGGUAAAAUUAAUCCAACUCAAUGUGAAGCUAUGACAAUGGUGGCCGCACAAGUGAUGGGUAAUCAUGUGGCUGUUACUGUUGGUGGUUCAAUGGGACAUUUUGAAUUGAAUGUUUUCAAACCGCUAAUUAUUAAAAAUGUUCUCCAUUCAAUAAGACUUUUAGCUGAUGUUUGUAAUUCAUUUACCGAUCAUUGUGUAUCAGGAAUUUUACCGAACACAUCGGUUCUAACACGUUACGUGCACGAAUCUCUUAUGUUAGUAACAGCAUUAAAUCCAUAUAUUGGUUAUGAUAAAGCUGCAGAGAUUGCCAAGAAAGGACAUACAGAAGGACUAACACUACGUGAAGCAACAUUGGCUCUUGGUUAUUUAACAGAAGAAGAAUUCGAUAAAUAUGUCAAGGCUGAAGAUAUGGUUUGA